AGUACAGCAGGAGCAAUAAAUUACAGCCUUGCGCAAACCAUUUUAUUUCAUUUAAAAUUCCUGUGUAAUUUGCAGGUUUGAGAGCUCGAAGCAAGUUUUGCCAAUAACCUUCAUUAGCGCGUCUAGUGGAACGCAAAACUUUAAAAUAUUGUUUUUAUCUUUUAAAAAUGACACAUUUUUUUCGAUUUUUAGGCGGGCUAGUGAUUGUGAACAACAAGUCAAAGAAUGUUCUAUGUGAAGGCGUAAAACAGUUAGAAAGAUCCUAUUCUACAACUACUAUCAGAGAAUAUGACGUUGUUGUGGUUGGUGGAGGAAUUGUGGGUGCAGCUUCAGCAAGGGAACUUAAAAUACGCCACCCUAAGCUUAAAAUGGCUAUAUUAGAAAAGGAAAGCGAAUUAGCAAAACAUCAAAGCGGUCAUAAUAGUGGAGUUAUACACGCGGGUAUUUACUAUAAGCCAGGAUCCCUUAAAGCAAAAUUAUGUGUAGAAGGUUUACAACUGAUGUACAAGUAUUGCGACCAAAAGAAAAUACCCUACAAAAAGGUAGGAAAACUCAUUGUGGCGACCAACGAAGUAGAAGUGAAGAGACUUGCAGAUCUUCAUGAUAGAGCUAUACAAAAUAAAGUUCCUGAUAUCAAACUACUGAACGGAGUAGAAGAAAUUCAAAAAAUUGAACCCUAUUGUGUGGGACUUCAAGCCUUGUGGUCACCUCAUACAGGAAUUAUUGACUACACAUUGGUCACUAAACAGUAUGGAAUAGACUUUAAAGAACAAGGUGGAGAAAUCCAUCUUAAUUUCGAAGUCAACGGUUUUGAAAAUUCCAAAGACAAUAACUAUCCAGUAUUAAUUAAAUCUAAAGAUGGGCAACAAGUCAAAAGUAAAUACGUGUUAACUUGCGGUGGACUUCAUUCAGAUAAAUUAGCAGAAUUAUCAGGUUGUCCUAGGAAUCCCAGAAUAGUCCCAUUUAGAGGUGAAUACUUGCUUUUGAAGCCUGAAAAAGCGGCAAUGAUCAAGGGAAACAUUUACCCCGUUCCCGAUCCUCGUUUUCCAUUUUUAGGAGUCCAUUUCACUCCAAGAAUGGACGGAAGCGUUUGGUUAGGCCCAAAUGCUGUUCUAGCUUUUAAAAGAGAAGGAUACACGUGGACAGAUAUCAACUUAUCAGAAUUAAUGGACGCCUUAUUCUAUCCUGGAUUUUUGAAACUGGCCUUUAAAUUUGUGUUCGCUGGUGCAGAGGAGGCUGUGAAAUCUCUGUUUCCCUCUUUACAGGUUAAACAAUUGCAACGAUUUGUUCCAUCGAUUACGUCGGAUGAUGUUAUUUCAGGCCCUGCAGGAGUUAGGGCACAAGCUUUAGAUGCUGAAGGUAACUUGAUAGAGGACUUCGUGUUCGAUAUGUACAAAGGUACUGGCGAGGAUUCAGUAGGAGGUCGCGUAUUGCACUGCCGAAAUGCCCCAAGUCCUGGGGCAACCAGCUCUUUGGCCAUUGCCAAAAUGAUGGCCGAUAAACUCGAAAGUGAAUUCAAAUUCAUCAAAGAAUCAUCAUAAAAAGAAACGCAGCUUGAAUACGAAAUAUAGCAUGCUAAACUUAAGGCUUGGGAGUAGAACUUUACCUACAACUCGAAAAGUUGAUGCCAUUAAAUGCUGUGAUGAUAUAAUUAUUUAAUUUAGAGUAAGACAUAAUCAGUACUGUUGUUAAAUUGUUAAUGUUUUCAAUUCUAAAAAUUUUAAUCAUUGUUUAUACAUGUUAUUUCAUAAACAGAGUAUAUUGCACGCUUAUUUUUAUGUCAGUUUAUAUAUUAAGAAUAAUAAUCCAAUAUAUAUUUAUAAU